AUGACUGAACUCGAUUUUUCACCAAAUCAUACCCUUCAUAUUAUGCAAACAGAGGAUCCUAACGGCUCAGAGAUAUUCAAUGAAGAAGAGUCCAACAAAUAUAGUUGUAAUGAGUGUCGAAGGAGGAGAGUCAAAUGUUCUAGACAUAUACCUACUUGUAAUACCUGUUCUAAGUAUAAAAGACACUGCCUAUAUGAAAGACAUAUGAAAACUCCAUUAACGAGGAAACAUCUAACUGAAGUGGAAGAAGAAUUGGCUCUUUUGAAGUCAGUGCUAUGUAAGGUAUCACCUGAUUUGGAUAUAGAUGAUUUAAAGACAAGAAUCAGAAACGGUGAUGAUUCUGACGAAAUCAUAGACCAAGUAGUGGCAGAAAAGUUACCCAAAAAAAGAAGAAUUGAUGAGUUCAGAAGCAUUCUGAUACCUCAGAUUUUGGAUGAAUCAUCACCGAAGGAAGAUAGACAAAUCGUUCAAUUGUUACCUCCAUCUGUCAAUCUAGAAACAACUUUGAAGGUGACUGGUGUCCGUUCCAAACCAAAGACUAUUGAAGUAUCACCACAAUCUCAGGAUUCAUAUAAUUGGGAUGAGAGAAAACAAGGAGAUUUGGGUCAACCGUCUAUCAUCAAUGGAAUGGCUACCACUGAAAGUAACCUGUACUUAGGGGCUGCUUCCAGUGCUGCAUUAUUGAAUAUUGUCGGUGGUGGAUUCUUCCUUCAUGAGAAGCCUCGUGAUAAAGUUGAAACCUCUGGUGUCACCACUUCAUCAGCUUCAAGGGAAAUCACAGAAGCUAAGUUGGAACAAUAUAUCAAUCAAUAUUUUGAAUUGUAUCAUGUUUCAUAUCCUAUUGUUCACAAACACUUGUUUUUGGCUCAAUUCAAUCAAAUCAUCCCUACCCCAAGCAAUUGGGAAAGUCUUUUGUAUAUUGUAGCAGCAAUAGGUUCAUUCAUGUCAGCAACCGAUCCCAAUGAUAAUGAUGAUUUGUCGUUGUUUGAAAAGUCUAAAGCUAAAUUAUCUAUUGACGAUUUGGAAACAGGAAAUUUAACCUUAGUCCAGACAUUGACUUUGAUGUCGAAUUAUCUCCAGAAACGGGAUCGUCCUAAUAGUGGAUAUAAUUAUUUAGGUUUGGCAGUGAGAAUGGCUCUAGGUUUGGGAUUGCAUAAGGAUAUUGAUGACACCAAUGAAAGUUUACUUAAUCAGGAAAGUAAACGGAGAGUCUGGUGGUGUUUAUAUAUAUUUGACUGCGGGGCAACAAUAACCUACGGAAGACCCCUAGGAAUCCCUCUGGCAGGAAUUGAUGCAAAAUUACCGUUAAAUAUCCUCGAUACCAAAUUAACCCCCAAGGUAAAUGAUUUACCAUUUGAGGAAAAUGAACCCACAAUUUAUACUAGCUUGAGGUUACAAUCAUUGUUCCACAUAUUCAGUAAUUCUAUCUAUGAGAGGAUUAUAAGUGAUCCUUUCCCUUCCACAGAACAAUUAUUAAAAUGGGAUCAAGAAUAUUUGAAAAGGUCUGAAUGUUUGAUACCUGAAUAUUUUCGUGAAGAUCAAAUUGUCCAUCAUCCAUUCAAAUUAUCACACCUUAUACUACAUUGGAGGUAUAAGAAUCUAAGGAUUAUCAUGUAUAGAACUAUUGUGAUAAAACAAGUGAUCUUAAAUUCCAAAAAUACUUUUCUGGACGACUAUGAAACCCAAGCAAGAGAAAUAUGUUUAGAGUCUUGCAAUUCAACAAUCAAUUCCAUGUUCAAUUUUUGGAGUUUAAAUACCCACCCUAAUAGAAUGGAAGCUUGGUAUAGUUUGUACUUUCUCAUACCUGCAGUAAUGAUGCCUUUGAUAUGCUUGAGAAAUGAUCCAAAUUCUAUGAAUAGUAAUAUUUGGAGAGCUAAUAUUAAUCUGUCAAAACAAAUAAUCCAGAAAAUCAUGAAUAUUUGUCCGCCCGCCGAGAGAAUUUUAAAUAUGAUUGAAUCUUUGGGGGCUGAUUAUUUGUCGUAUCAAGAUUUGAACUUCAAUAGUACUGAUGAAAGUCCAAGUUCUCAAUUACUCCACCUCCAUCAUUUACUUUGGCCUGGUUCUUUUGAUAUAGAACAACAAUUUAGCUUGUGA